AUGUUGAUCAAAGAGUCUUUCGAGGAUGUCAAGACCUCCGGAGGCACCUCCAUGAGAGUGUUUCUCUUCGAGCCCUCGAUCCCCAAUUACCCAAAUGCGAAAUUCCCAGUAACCGGACCGGUCGCACGGUUUGCAAGGCAGAUAUGUAGCCAAGGCUAUGUGUGCGCAGCCCCAUCGUCCUACCAUGAUUUCGAGGGGCCAGAGCCUUUCCCCUAUGAUGAGCCUGGAACAGACCUAGGCAACAAAUUGAAAAUCACGAAAACAGUGGAAAGCUAUGAUGAAGACGCCCGGCUGUGCGUCGACCUCCUCUUGUCAAAGAAGAAUUCGAACGGCAAGGUUGGGGCGACUGGUAUGUGCUUGGGUGGUCACCUCGCGCUACGUUGCGCAUUCGACACGAGAGUAACCGCUAGCGUUUGCUAUUUCCCCACUGAUAUCCAUUCUUCGUCGUUGGGGUUGGGUAAGAACGAUAACUCCCUUUCCGUCAUGACGACUAUUAAAGGUGAAGUUAUCCUUAUUUUCGGAAAGAAGGAUAACCACGUUAGUCCGGAAGGCAGGGACUUGAUUCGCAAAACACUACAUGAUGCUGGUGUCGAUUUCACUUUCUUAGAAAUCUCUGGGGCAGCCCACGCAUUUAUCCGCGAUGAGAGUAGCAAGGGACGAUAUGAUGCUGCGACAACCAAGUACUGCUUUGAACUCCUCUCGGAGCUGUUCAAUCGGAAAUUGAAAUUGGAUCUUGGAGAGUAUGAGGAUAAAGUACAUCCUAUCAAAGAUGUUUGUUAA